AUUCCAUGCCAUGCAUGCACACACACAAACAAGGACGACAAGCCGAGUGCAAGCCAUAGGGUUGCACCAACAAGCUCCAAAUCUUCGUUCGCGUUUUCACCAGCUCAACAUCAACAGUUUCAAUUUCUGCAACAGCAGCAACAAACGCAACAACAGCUUCAGCAACAGCACCAGAAUUAGCAGCAACAAGAGCAACAGCAAUUUCCGCAGCAGCAGAUCUCUUUUACUAGACCUGUUUUUCAGGCACCAAACCUUUUAGGCAAUACACAGAUCAAGACAAC